UCCCCUUCCACUCUCCCUUCUUUGUAUAUCCCUCCACCUCUGGCCAAGCGCUAUUCAUUCCCCUCAUUGCCCUGAUAACAAUCUCCACACUUUUCCUUGCCAUGUGCCGCCUUUAGGACACCAGUAGCAGCAGCGGCGGCGCACAGAAGAUCGCACUGUAGCGCUGAAGGAAGAGACGCGAACCAUGAAUGUUUGAUUGGUCACUUUUCCCCCCUGCUGGCAAAUAUAGUUUUGGAAGGAGUGCAACGCUGAAGGGAUGUGCUAAGGGGGAGGGGAAGCAGGGGGAAGCCCUAGCAGCGAUUGCAAGCCCUGGCAGCCUGCUGUCACACACGCUCUCCCUCGCUCUCACACAAUCUACUGAGCGCUACUAACGCUCCGCUUCCCAUUGGUGCGCUCUCAGUGUGGAUUUAGUCCAACCGCCUGGGCAAAGCAGUAUGUUCCUGCAGCACAAGAUUCGCGGGUUUGCAGCUGACGCCAAUUUGUGAUUUGGAAGCUGAUUGUUUACAUCAAGAAAUGCACUUCAAUCAGAUAAAUUAAUAUUGAUUUAAUGGCUCUCUUGAAGAUGCACUGGACACCGGAGCAUGCCCAGUGGCCAGAGCAGCACCUUGAUGUCUCUUCAACCACCUCUUCUCCAGCUCACAAAUCAGAUGUGUACCACAACAGCAGGCAAAGGUUAAAUUAUGCUUGGGCCAAUGAUGAUAUAUCUGCACUGACUGCUUCUAAUCUCUUGAAAAGAUAUGCAGAGAAAUACUCUGGGGUCCUGGACUCACCAUAUGAGCGAUCUACACUUAAUACCUAUACAGAUGGAGCCUUUGGACCUGUUAAUGGACAAAAGGGGGACAUUGAGUCUUGGCAAAUGUCACAUGGGUCUGAGAAUUCUUAUACAGUGAACUCCAUACAUGAUAGCUUGGCUGGCUCUAAAUCAGGCAAUGGUCCAAUUGGAUUGGUUAGCCCAACAGUGGCAUCUGGUAACCUUCCUGACCCCAUUUACCCUGGUAGUACAUGUGGGGGGCCAAACGCAACAGGUGGUCUUGUAGCUCCCCAAGAUUAUACCUCAACCUAUAGUGGCACCUACCUUCCAUCAGGCUACUGUAGUCAACCGGCACUUCCACCUACCCAUCCCUCAUCUCUUCACAGCUCAGGACUUCAGCCAGCACAUGCAUCACCAGCUUUGGUUCAUGGAUACAGCUCUUCAGGCUCAUUAUACAACUACAGCUCAAGUGGUUAUCCAACUCAGCCUUCCAUUGGUCCUGGAUAUGGUGGAAUGCAUCCAACUCAUCCUCCAGGUUAUUUGCCAUCUGGUAUUGCUGCUCCUACACCACUUCCACCCCAUACCACAUCAUCAAGGCCCCCAAUGGUCCCGGGUUAUGCUUACCAAAGUUCUACAUUAGCACCAUUGUCAGUCCCUCCUCUGAGCACAGAAACAGCAAAUUCCGUGAAAAGAAAAGCUUUUGACAUGACAGCAGCAGAAGAAAGUGAGGGCAGGUAUAGAAAGUACAGCUAUGAGCAACCAAAGUCUACCUCGGAUGCUUCAUUUCCAAUAUCCGAUAGUGUUCCAAAUGACUGCAGAGGCAAUGGCUUUAGCCGCAAUGGUGAAGCACAACAGGUGUCCUUUAAAUCUGGAAAACGCCAAGUAGAAGAAGAGCAGGCAGGAAAAUAUAACAACCAGUCAAUGAAAGUGAUGAUUUCACCAACAUUUAAUGAAGAAAGACCAUUGAGAUCUGGUGAAACAUUUGGAAAAUUCACUCCCCCGGUAAUAAAUGGUGAGCAUAGAGGUAAUGAGCCAGGCCAUGUUUUUGCACAGAGAAUGCAAGUUCCAGGUAUAAAACAGACAAUGUUUUGUAAUUCUUCAGAAGAUCGUAUAAAAAACAUGGAUCCCCUUAUCAUGGAGCUUGUUAAUAAUGAAAUUGUUGAAUGUGCCCCACCUGUGCAGUGGACAGAUAUUGCUGGCCAUGCAUCAGUGAAGGCUGUAAUUGAAGAAGAAUUGGUAUGGCCUAUCUUGAGGCCUGGAGCCUACACAGGAACCAACAGGCCACCAAAAAGUAUUUUGUUAUUUGGUCCCCCAGGUGCAGGGAAAACACUGCUGAGUAGGUGUGUUGCUACACAGCUUGGAUCAACGUUUCUUAAGCUCAGCAGCACUGUUCUUCUUUCCAAGUGGAAGAAUGAAAGUGAAAAAAUCUUGGAGACUGUGCUGUACAUGGCAAGCUGUCACCAGCCUACUGUAGUUUUCAUUAGUGAAAUUGACCUGAUUCUUUCUGUUCAUGUAAAUGAAGAAAAUACACAUUUGAGUAAUCUUAAAUCUCGACUUAUUUCAUUCUUAGAUAACAUAGCUACCUCAUCUGAUGAUAACAUCAUUUUCAUUGGGACGUCACAAAGGCCUGAUGACAUUGAUGAAGGUGCACACCACAGGUUUGCAAAGAAAUUUUACAUUUCACCUCCAGAUAGCCUAGCCAGGAGGCAAAUCCUCCAUCACAUCUUGGCACAACAAAACUACUGCCUUAGUGAAAGGGAAAUGGCAUCGCUUGUCAAACACACAGAGGGCUAUUCGGGCAAUGAGCUGAUUCAACUAUGUCAGCAGGCUGGAGCCAAUCAUCUUCACAGUAUUUCAGGACAGCUACAGCCAACAUCCUACAAAGACUUUGAAGGAGCAUUUUGUAAACUCCGAGCCAGUACCUCUCAGAAGCAACUGGACUUAUACAUGGAUUGGAAUAAAAUGUAUGGUUCAAGACACUAACAGUGAAAUGACUCUGAUGGAACAAUUUGACUCUACACUGGUGUUGUUUUUGUUGUGUGUGCGUGCGUGAGACCUCUACCUGGAAAAAGGUCAACAAAGACUAUUUGUUUUCACAAAAAUCUUAACAUGAAAGCUGUGUACUGUAUAUAUGUAUACAUAUAUGUAUAGAUAUAUGUGCUCUGUUGAAUGUUAUGCAGAGGAAAAAACAUUCAGAGGUGAACCUUUUUCUACACAUUUCAAUAUUAGCUCUAUACUGUUCUCAGGAUACCUUCUAUUUAUUGCCAAAUAUUGGCAGUACCAUUGUGGUUUCACAAACAGGUGUUUGGAUGCUCUGCAAACGUUCUCAAGGUCUUGUUUCCACUGAGUGACCUAAAUUGCUAUUUUACAUAAUACCUGAUUUUUUUAGCAGCCCCUUCAUGGCACUUUGGGGAACCAUAUUACCAUAAUUCAGAUGACCAGCCAACAACACAGCAUUGAAACAUGAGGCUCAAGAUCCACCAACUAAGAAGGGAUGGAAAGAGAAGUACACUGCUAACUAAUAUUAGUUUUAUUUUAUUUUUUCCAUUUUUUUUAUUGUGUAGUCUUUUUAUGUUCUAAAUACUCAGGAAAUAUUUACCUCCAAAGGAAUGUGUCUAUUGAACUCAACAUUCUCAUGAAGAUCAAAGAGUUAGAGACCACAAAAAAGUACUUGAAAUUAAGAAUUUAACAUUGAAUGUAUUGUAAAUGCUCUCACUCACAUUAUCAGGAACAAAAAGAUCCCACAAAGUCUGUUUUACUUUAUUUUUUUAUACGUUGUUAUUGUAGUGUUACAUUUUGAAAACAUGUUAAUUGCACGGUAGGAUGACAUACUUUCAGUACCACUUUUUGGAUGUUCUUUAAGUCCUGAGAAUUAUUAUUUUAUUAUCUAGCCAGGACCUUGCCUCCUAUGGCAAACACUUUCUUUUUUUAUUUGUAAGACAAAAAAACCCAUAGGGGAUUUGACAGCUCAGUCUUUGUUUACAACUGGAAUUUGCUGUUGUGCCGUUUUAUAGCUUUUAUUGACCAUGUCUCACAGCGUGCCAUUACGUUCCUUGGGCUUUAUUUCACUCGGAUUGAUGCUUGGUAAAAUAAAUUUGGAUUUACUUUGGAUUAAAUAGUUAAACAGAAUUAUAAGUGAUCCCUUUAGUGCUGGAAGUAACACAUCACCUAGAAAUCAGGUGUGUUAUGCCCCAGUUGGCUGUGAGUUCUGGUUGUAGAUAUAGCUUCCAACUACUAAGGGACAAUGAGUCUCGCAUACCAAGUCUAGAUAAUCAUAGAGAGGUAUGAGACAACCUUUUAUUUCUUCCAGAAGAUGCCAUCCAGUAAUAAUUCUACUUGGUGCCACCUCCCAAAACCUUUUAAACUAUUGCUUUAAUACAGAAUCUGCAUCUUUCUAUAUAUAAGAUGCAAAUUGCCAGAAUGGCCAAAGAACUCUUUAGUGUCUAAAUAAAAAUUGUUAAAUAUAAUAUACCAAAGUUUUGUAGGAAUACAGGGGCUAAUUUACUAAUGCUGAGCAGUCUCAGAUUGUGGUUUCUAAGUUUGGUUAGAUAACAGUACAGUGGUUAUUUACCAGUGUGCAAUGGCUCUGAUACUUUGCACUGGAGAAGAGGGCAUUCCGUAAACAGAUGCACCUGAGAAUUCUACCAAUGCCUCUUGUGGUGGGAUCAAAUCAAACAACAUUUUUGAAAACAGCUUCUGAACAUGUAUUAGUGCUGCACAAUUUUAGUAAAUAAGCCCCCAGUGUUCUUUUUUGCACUGGAGUAGAUACAAUUAACGCCAAAGGAUAGUAUGUCCCAAAGUAUUUAAGGGUUUAUAAUACCUGUAAUAUGUUCCAGGCCACUUCGGUACUCAGACAGUUAAAUUUCCCAACUUUAGAGAUGAGGCAUCUCUCCAAAAUUGUUUACUAAUUGUUCAGAGGCUUCUCUCUCUGUCACUGUUUUAUUUUCCUGUGUACAUAUGUUUUCUCUUUAAACCAAAGUUUGUUAAUGAAUAUGAUUUGAAAACAUUGUGAUAGAACACUCUAAUAGUUUUACUGUACAUAUAUAAUCCCUUCCUCUCCCCUUUCCUCUUGUACGUUUAAAAAAAAAAAUACAAUUUAAACUAUGUAAUGCUUGUAUUCUCAUGGAUUCAAACCAAAGAUACUGUACUGGUUGUAGCAGUCGGCAUGUAUAGGUUACUUCCUAAUGCCGCCGUUGUCUGAUUGUAUUGUUUGUAUUUACAGCUCAUUACAUGCCUACACAGUGCCAAAAUGAGGUUGGUUCCAGUGUUUCUUUCUGAUUUUGUAGAUUAGAUAAUGCUCAUAACUCCUGACAUUGGUUUUAUAAGAUCUGACUUAAACAUGUUCUGAUGUUCCUCAACUUAUUUUCAGAUUGGGCAUGCCCAUCUUCAAGCCAAGGGUGUGGGGGAAAGGAUGUCUUUAAAAAAUGGAAGUGUCUUAGAACUAAACUACUAUCCUACUUCAUAUCUUCUUCUUUGAUGCGAUGAAAUAGGAAAGUCAAAGGUAAAGUCACUGGGCUUGCUGGGUUGUUAGGCACCCCCUAGAGAUACUAAUGGUUACCUAUACCCCAGAUUGGCACUUUUCUUUAAAACAAUGCACUAGCCUGGGGUUCUGCUUGCAGAGUGCCUCUAGUCUCCACCAUUUAUUUUAUUCUCACAGAUGUCCCCUGCGCAGAAAACAGUACCCCAGGCUGCUGAAUUUUGCAAAGAAGAAGCGAUUAAUCCACAUUUUCUGCUCUUUAAAGAAAAAGCUCUAUGCAUAUUUCUGGCAUUUUUGGAGACACUGUCCCAUGAUCAUAGCACACAGUAUCAAGCAACCAUUAGCAAACAAUAUGAAAAAUCUGGGUUUACUGUUAUCUACAGCCCAGCUAGUCUUGGUCUUAGCAGGUUCUGUGCAUUGUACUAUCUUACAAGCUGGAUGUCAAAAAUCUUUGUAGUUUAUAGGGGCUGUGACCUAACUGGUAACGUAUAGUUUUCUUUUCUUGUACCCAGCUAUUCUAGGAAAUUUUUAGAACCACUGCUAAAGACUUCAAUUCUGGGAGUAGAGAGUGCCACUGCCUCCAGCAUCAGAGGGGCCCGUUGGUGGGAAAGGAUAGAUUAGAAAAGUUCAAAGGAUAUUUUAUUUAUGUAUAAACACUGUUUGAUAUUUUCAGUAUUGUCAUUGUGUUAUUCAUUUUACAGCCCUGCAAGUUCAACAGUAGCUGAAAGGGCGACCCCUGAUUUCUGUAUUCCUCCUCCUUGAAUUCGACCCCUUGUUGAGUUGGUUUUAUUUAUUUUUUUCAACUCAAUGUGUAACAACCUUGUCUUUUUUUUCAUUGGCUUUUCCCAUUAACUCUCUUUUAAAUCUGUAAACAGCAGCAGGCCCACGGCUAUUAAAUUCAACGUAAUUCUCUAAUUGAGAGGCUUGAGCUUUGGGCCAGGAAAUGAAUGCAUCAUAACGCAGAAUUCUCCAUUGGCAGAAACAAGGCUUAUCUUGCCAUGAAACACAAGCUUUCUGUUUCACUCCGAGCAGAUUGUGUGAGAAGCCAAGCACUUCCCAACAAUAAUGUCUUUGUAAUUGUAAUGGUUUCCAACUGUUUGUGGCUAACACUGCUAAAACUGUUAUGGGGGUAUCUCCCUUCCUCUUAUUCUCCUCGCCAUU